AUGUCUAUAACCGUGCACGACAUCGUCAAGCUGAAAUUUGGCUCCUCUGGCGUGGAAGGGGACUUUCCAAUUGACGAAAACGUCAUUGCAGCCCUACCUGAAGGAGCUAAAGUUCUAUCAGCACAUAGCUAUGGCUUCUCAGCCUGGACAGCUACGGCACGAUUACAGGCGAGAAUGGCAGAUGGAUCUCUGAAGAAUUUCUUCCUAAAGCUAGCAACUGAUGAUGCUGGUAAAAUGAUGGUAGAAGGCGAGUUCCGCUCAAUGAAAGAGCUGUACAAAAGCUUGCCGUCCUUUGUACCAUUUCCAAUUGCUUGGGGUCAAUAUGCAAACUUUAACCAUCCAAUAUUCUUUUUCCUCUGUGACUUUAUCGAGAUGACAAACAAACUUCCUGAGCCCAUCCAGUUCUGCUCUAAACUUACGGAGCUGCACAAGAGCAGUGUCUCACCGACGGGCAAAUUCGGGUUCCACACGCCGACCUGUCAUGGCAGAUUCCCACAAGCUGUGGAUUGGGAUGCUAACUGGUCGUCUUUUUUCGGUAGAAUGCUGCAGACCGCCUUGGCUAUCGAUAUUGAGAGAAGUCCUACUUGGAAAGAAUACGAGGAGAUUGCAGCUCGAACGGUGUCGCAUGUCGUUCCACGAUUGCUCGGGGUUCUCCAGUCAGAAGGUCGCACUCUGAAGCCAUGCUUGAUACAUGGGGACCUUUGGGAAGGGAACAUUGGCACGAAUAUGGCCACCGGCAACAUAUAUAUCUUCGAUGCUGGGGCAUACUAUGCGCACAAUGAGAUGGAGUUGGGUAUGUGGAGGUGUGAGCGUCAGCGUAUCAAGUCCCACGACUACAAACAGCAAUACCUACAUUAUAUGGGCAUCAGCGAACCAGUUGAUGAAUUUGAGGAUAGGAACAGACUCUACUGUAUCAAGAUGAAUGUCAUUCAUGCCGCCCAUCAUCCCGGAACUAUCGUAAGAGAAACGGCAUACAAUGAUAUGUGCUAUCUUGUUGAUAAGUAUGCCCCAUUUCCUGAUGGUGAGGGCCUUCCAAGAAGCGAUGUUAUGGGUGAGGUCGACCCAAGUAUUCCAGAUGGGUUCAAUACCAAGCCAUGGGGCCGGGACGGGGUCGAUAGACGGGCUUCGAUUCAACGAGGAGAAUACUGA